AUGGUACCAAUUAGUAAAAAACUAUCAAUUAUCUUAUUAUGCAGUUUUGUAUGUAUAUUAUAUGCUAUAGUCAUUGGGAUAACUAACUUGGAUUAUUUAUUUAAACAUAAAAAAAUCAUAUUAUUACUUUCUAAUCCAGAUAAAGUUUAUCAGAUAGCAUUUUCAGCUGAUAAGGAAGUAUUCCAAUUAUUCCCUACUCUGUUAAAUUCCAUUUUUAAAAAUUUACAUGAGUAUGAAAAAGCCAACGUUCAUAUUAUUACUAUGCCAGAUAUAAGUGAAAAAGAUAUUAAAAUAUUACAAUCAUUUUCUAUGAACAAAUUUGAUAAGAAAAUUGCUUUACUAUUUUAUCCAUUUAAUUAUAAGUUGAAAUAUACAAGAACUUUGAAACACGUCUCGGAGGCCACAAUGUGUAGGCUCCUCCUUCCAAAUAUUAUUGACAAGUCUAUAGAUAAGUUACUUUAUCUUGAUACGGAUGUUAUAGUUAAUACACCACUAAGGGAACUAUUUGGUAUUAAUAUCAAUAGUCAAUGUGGUAUUGUAGCUAGAUCAUCAACAAAAGCAGACUUAAUAAAUGAGUGGCUAAAAAAAGAUAAAAUUUACCCUCAUAUCAUUUAUAAUGGAACAAAAUCAUUUAAUGCUGGGGUAUUAUUGAUAAGUUUAAAUGAGCUAAGAAAAAAUCACUUUACUGAUAAAGCUAUGGAAUUUGUUGAAAAGUGGGGUCUUAAUGAUCAAAUAAUUUUAAAUUUAUAUUGUAAUGGAGAAUAUGAUGAACUACCAAUGCAAUAUAAUUUUUGGGCAGGACGUGAUGACUAUAGAAAUACUUCUGCUCAUGGAAUUGUUCACUUUGCAGGUCCAAAUAAACCUUGGCAACCAAAUUAUCAACCUUAUGAAGAACAGGUGAGUAUAUCUAAUUGA